CAACUCCAUUUUUUUUUAUUUGUCGAUCUCCUUUUUUAUAACUAACUGAUCUGAUUAAUUAGACUACUACCACUAUACUAGCUCAAUAAUUUAUAUAUAUAUAUAUAUAUGAUCUUUCAUCUUCUUCUUAUUCUUCGUGUUCUUGGUUGAGUUCACAUUCAGUAGGGUUUUGAUGGAAGUGAAGGAAAAAGUUUCAUCAAACGGCGGCGAUAUAACCCCGCCGGAGAAGAAACCAGCCAGCAAUGGAGAUCAGUUCGUGGUUGAUAUUCGAAACGUAGAAGCCAAAGAGCCAAAAGGGUCUUCUUCAAAAUUCUCAGAAUCGCCAAAGAAAGCUUCCAUGGAGUCUGUGACCCCCAUAUCCAAACCUCCCCAUGUGAGUUGUCCUUCGCCGGAGAUUUCGAGGUUCAGUCCAAGCCCCAACAAACCUCCGAGAUCACCAGCUCCAAACGAGACUCUUACUCGCCGGAAAACCCUUAACAGGUCAGUGUUUUCCAGACCCAAGUCCAGAUUUGGUGAGACCUCAGCUCCCAUUGAUACCGCCAUGGUCGAAGAGCACGCUUCCACACUUGGAUCCCCUUUCCGGAACUCAUUCAGCCGGGCUUCGCCGAACAACAUAUCGACAGCUCGAACCAUCUCGAUGGCUCAGAAGUCUGCGGGGGCUUCACCGGGGCGUGAUGACUUCGAGGAGAUUUAUAAAAAGGUUGAGUUGAACAAAGAGAAGCGUAAGAAAGUGAAGACCAAAGUCUUGGUCGAGUGGGUUUUGUUUGUGGUCUUAGUUAGUUGCUUGGUUUCUAGCUUGACUGUCAAGAAAUUAGAGAAGACAAUCAUUUGGGGUUUGGAGUUAUGGAGGUGGUUUGUUCUGUUUAUGGUGAUCUUCUGUGGUUUGUUAAUGACCAAUUGGUUUAUGCAUCUAGUAGUUUUCUUUAUUGAGAGAAACUUUUUGCUUAGAAAGAAAGUUCUUUACUUUGUUCAUGGGCUAAAGAAGAGUGUUCAAGUCUUUAUUUGGUUGUGUUUUAUUCUUCUAACUUGGGUACUUGUCUUUAACCAUGGUGUUCCAAGGUCUAAAACCGCUACCAAGGUUCUAGAGUACAUAACUUGGACUCUUGUAACUUUUCUCAUUGGGGCAUUUUUAUGGUUGUUAAAGACUUUAUUGCUAAAGAUCUUAGCUUCGAGUUUUCAUGUCAACACAUUCUUUGAUAGGAUUCAAGAAUCGAUUUUUCAUCAGUAUGUUCUGCAAACCCUUUCAGGGCCUCCACUCAUAGAGGAGGCUGAGAGAGUUGGUAGGUCACCAAGCAUGGGCCAGUUGAGUUUCACAAGUACAAAAAAGGGAAAGAAGAAAGAAAAGACUCAAGUUAUUGAUAUGGCUCAGCUUCAUAAGAUGAAGCAAGAGAAGGUUUCAGCUUGGACUAUGAAGGUUUUGAUUGAUGCUGUUUCGAGCUCGGGGCUUUCGACAAUCUCUAAUCAGUUGGAUGAGAUGGAAAAUGUGGCUGCAGAGCAGAAUAAGGAGAUUACUAGUGAGAUGGAGGCUACUGCUGCUGCUUAUCACAUUUUCAGGAAUGUUGCUCAGCCUGGCUGCAAGUACAUUGAUGAGGAUGAUCUUAUGAGGUUCAUGAUUAAGGAAGAAGUGGACCUUGUUCUCCCUCUGAUUGAGACAGAGAUUGGUCGAAUCGACCGAAAAGCUCUCACUGAUUGGGUGGUGAAGGUCUUCAAUGGCAGAAAAGCAUUAGGACAUGCUCUAAGUGACACUAAAACAGCAGUUAGUCAACUGAACAAACUAGUGACCGUUAUUCUCGUUGUAGUGACCAUUGUUAUAUGGCUUCUGCUGAUGGAAAUCGCUACCACAAAAGUACUCGUCUUUCUCUCAUCUCAGCUUGUGGUUGCAGCUUUUGUGUUCGGCAACACCUGCAAGACCAUAUUCGAAGCCAUUGUGUUUGUGUUCAUAAUGCAUCCUUUCGACGUUGGGGAUCGCUGUGUCAUUGAUGGCGUUCCGCUGCUAGUUGAAGAAAUGAACAUCUUAACAACUGUGUUCUUGAAACUCAACAAUGAAAAGGUAUACUAUCCAAACUCAGUUUUGUCCACCAAACCCAUCAGCAACUACUACAGAAGUUCAGAUAUGGGUGAUUCUGUGGAGUUCUCAAUUGAUUUCUUGACACCAGUGGAGAAGAUAGGACAACUCAAAGAAAAAUUCAAGAAGUACAUAGAAAAGAACCCAUUACACUGGCAUCCCACACACAGUGUGGUGGUGAUUGCCAUUGAAAAUGUGAACAAGUUAAAGAUGGCUCUUUAUGUUAAUCACACCAUAACUUUUCAAGAAUUCGGCGAGAAGAAUCGACGGCGAACCGAGCUGGUUAUGGAGGUUAAAAGGGUUUUUGAAGAGCUGGGUAUAAAAUACUAUCUUCUACCUCAAACAAUUCAUGUCAAUCCCAUUGGUUUAGACUCAGCUUUUGUUCAAAAGUGAUUUGUUUUGUAAAAUGGUUCAAGUUGGAAGCUUCUUGUUAUUUAUCCUUUUUUCUUUUAUUUUAGAGAUAUAAAUAGUUAGGGAUUGUAUCAUCAACAUUGAAAUUAUUAUUAUUAUUAUUAAUUAUUAUUAUACAUUCUUUGUAAUAUGUAAGGUAAAUUAUGGUUGUUUUUCUCCAAGAUUUCAAUU